CUAGGAUUGGUGGGCCCACCCUUCCCGCAGGCACGCACGGGUCGGGCUCUCGCGAGGGUAAAGGCCUUUGUUAAAGCCCGGCCACCGACUCACCUCUCUCUCUUCUUCGAGGCGGCAAAGGUAGAGGAUGCGGGCGGCCGCCGGGGCCAAAGGAGCUUCGCGGAAGGGCCGCCCUAGGUUGCUGCAAUGUUGGAAGAGGUGAACUGUGAAAAUCUGUUCGCCAAAGGAACGGGCGGGCACUGAACCCCCGAAGCCGAAGGCAUCGAAGGUCUGGGAGAAGCGAAAGUUAAAAUAAGCUAUUUUGCAGUAUCAGGUAGGAAAAAUACAAGCUGGGAUGAUCCGAUUCUGAGACACCUCCAAAAAUCUUUAAUCCACUGCUGUGUAAUUUACAAGGUGUGACCCAUUACAUGAGACUAGUCUUUAUUGUCUGACCUGUGGAAGCAGAGAAGUAACCCUAGUGGAAUAUGCUUCACUUUAUAGAAAAAAAAAAAAAAAAGGGUCAGGGGCCAUGAAUCGGUAUUGUAGUUGCAUAGUAUAGAAAAGCAUGCUUCCUGUUGGUAUAAAAAUGAGUGACCGUUACUUAGAACAAAGAAUUCAUAUCAAACUUUGUGUAAAAUUAAACAAAUCUGCCAGUGAGACACUUGAAAUGUUAAAAGAAGCUUAUGGGGAUGAAGUAAUGUCCAGAGCGAGAGUUUUUGACUGGCACAAAAGGUUUAAGGAAGGUAGGGUUGAUGUCCAUGAUGAUGCACGUAGUGGGCGCCCAAUCACUCACAGGACCAAUGAAAAUGUUGAAAAGGUCAGAGAUUUAGUUCGUUCAAAUAGCCGAUUAACUGUGAGAAUGAUGGCUGAAAAGUUAUCUUUAGAUAAAGAGACAGUUAGACUUAUUUUGAAAGAGAAUUUGAAUAUGAGAAAAGUUUCUGGAAAGAUCGUUCCCUGUACAGUUUCAGUAGAUGAUGCUCCUGAGGGAGAGAUAAAGUGAGGACUAUAAAUUGUCAUUUUGUAGGGUUGAUUUAACUUUCAGAGAUUAUCUUCCCUGAUUCUGUUAAAUUUCAUUGCUAACCUAAAAUAACCUCGACCAUCUUCAGGCAUCCUCAUUAGAAUUUCUUGGUAUGAAAUAUGAAGGUAUAAAUGGAAGUCAUGAUGAUAUAAUGAAAUUGGCACCUCCUUCUUUAUCAUAAUAGAAGAACUAGAUCUUUUUUUUUUAAAUGCAUGAGAUGGUUUUGCCUCAUUGUUAAGAUACAGCCUGUAAAUCUGAAAGGUUGCCCAAGGGUAAACCAGGACUCCUGUUGUACCAUCUUUAAAACAGAGUAGGAGGAGGAAAAGAGCAGAUUCACCAGGUUGUAUACAUAUCUAAAGAAAAUGUUGGCAGAGAAGGAAUAAAGGCUUAUCUUAGGACAGGACAAUGAUUAUCAGGCAAACCAACAAGAUAGAACACCAUGAAAAAGAGUGGUGAAAAGGGACUUUAGCAAAAAAAAAAAAAAAAAGGAGGUAUAAUUUUAAUUUGAAGUUUACUAGUAGAUUCUUAAUUAUAUGAAUUACAGGUUUAAUUAACUAAAGUCAUUUGAAUCCAAAAUCUUUUCUGAUGACCUUUAAUCAAAUAAAUCAAAUUUUGUGGGGAGAUUAAUUCAUAGUUGAUUUGGCAAUUGAGCCAUGAGAUCACCCAUAUUAGGCAUAAGAUCUAAACUCUUUUCAGAGCUAAUAAAACGUUAAAUGACAAUGCUGUUACAAAUGGUGAGGAAGCCACAGUGACUUCAAAACAAUUUACAUAAGAGGGGUUAGUAAUUAAUGACAAAUUGCUAAGAUUUGGUAGACUGUAAGGGUCUAAGACUAAUUUAUUGGGAUUAUCUAUUCCAUUAAUUUCCUUUCAUUUUAAAAAUUUGGUUCCACGAAUUAGUAUAUUCAGUAUUGGUAAGGCAGAAAAAUUAGUUCUUAUAAAAUUGCUAUUAACCAUAGAAAUUGGUUUACAAUUUAUAUUUUAGAAUUGUCAAGUGUUGAAUUUAUUCUUUUGGAACAUCCAGCAGUUUUAAAAAGGGAAUGGAGAGGAAGAAUAAUCGGUGUUUUAAUGUUAGGGAUUACUGUUCUGAAAUCACGUUGGAAGUAUUUCACAUGAAAAGGCCAAAGGACUUAAAAUCAAAUAGCAUAGAACACUAGGAAUGAUUAAGAACUUAGCAUCUCUUUUAGUCUUCAGGUAAAUGCUUAUACUAAAAUAUUAAUGAUUUGGGAUUUUUUUCAUUACACCGAUGAAAUUAGUUAAUGGCCUCCCUUAAGCUUCACUAAUAGAUCAGCAGGAUAUCUAGGGAGUAUUGGAGAACUACAUUUGGUCCACUAGGGAUUGAAGUUCACAACUUGUAAAUUGAAAAAUGGUAACAAGUAGCUGUGAGGUUAAUGAGGAAGGCAAGAUUUUUUAAAAUUUAAACAAUUUAGGUAAAAGAACAAUAGUCUGUAAUCUAAAACAAAAACUAAUAUUGUGUUUUAGCUAGAACUUGUUUUGGUCAGCAAGGUUAUUGUAUAAAGUAUACAGACAUAACCCAUAGAUCUCUAAGGAACCACAAACUACUAUUUGACCUUUGUUAUCAGUUAAUUACUGUCAUCUGCAUAUUUAGCUAGAUUCUAGUCUAGUCAUAGCUUCCCUUCCUGACUAAGGUACAAUACUAUGUUAGUUAUGUUACUAGUUUUUAAAAAUUUGAAACUUGAUACAGAUUGAUUUUGUUCAAGGAUUGAAACACUAACAAAGAUUUCAAGACUCUUCUCAACACUCCUAACCUCUUUUAACCUUUCCUCUCCCUUUACCUCAUAAAUUGCCAUCGUUAAAAUCAUGAAGCAUUUGUACUUUAAUAAUUUUUGUAACCUGCAUUUUCCCAUUAUAACUGUUCUUUGGGUAAAAAUCAGGUUAAAGUAAAUGUUCUCCCUCAACUGUUGCUAACAAAACUAGCUGUUUUAAGUGGUGCUGUCAGACUCAUGUCACUAACCCACUCUAGACUUGAUGUGUAUCUUGAAUAAAUUAUCCUCCUUGUUUACAAGCAAAUCUCUACAACUGUAUGUGGAUGAGUAUCUGUAUUUUCUAUUAGACCAUAGCUAUUUUAUCAGUUAACACUGAUGUAAUUCCCCAUAAUGUUCACAUCAUAUAUUCUGUAUGAUGAAUACUCAGUAUUUAUGUUUUUCAAAUGCUUGCACAAUUUGCAAGUAUGACUAGUUGUAUUCAUGACUUAUUCAUGGUGCCUUUACUUGAAGUUUGUGCUUUUUUGUGUCAAGCCUGUCAAAUAUAAUAGAAAAAUUUGAGCUUACACACUAAUUUAAAUUUGUUGGCAUAAAGUCGUUGGCUUCAGAUUUUAUCUUGUGGCCAAAGGUUGCCAAAUGAUUUCCAAAUCUUGCAGUAAUUAUCAUUGUGAGAUUUUACUAUGAAAAAAUGAUUCGGUUUUUAGUGUUUAAUGUGUUAAAGAUACUGAGCCAGCCAUUGUAUCUUAAGGAUGACCGUUUUUUGUCAAGUAAAGGAAAAUUGUAUCGAUAGGAUUAGACUGGAAAUGAUUACCAAUUACUUUUAGUUGUUCGAUAACUACUGUAAGUCUAUUCUGAUCAUUUGAGAUAAGUAUGACAAUCUUGUCUCUAAGCCUUUACAAAAUAGUGUUCAUUCACUACCAGCCCUAGCUGGAUAAAUGGCACGUAGCUCUAGUUUCUUACAAAACAAAGCAAUCUGGUAAGAUUUUUUAAACUUAAUUACAUCUUGAGACUUAACUUGUUUUAGGUAUGACCAUUAUCCAAUCAGGGGCUUUAUCUUUGUACUAAUACAUUUCUCAUAAUCUAAACCUGUUAAAUAUCUUUAGCUCAUGGGAACAGUGUAAAACUUGUUUAGAAACUAAUUUACAUUAAGUUCUGCACUUUGUCAUAAUUAUAUGAACUUUUUUUCAUGUUUUCUUAACAUUGUUGCCUAUUGCUAGUGAUACUGUUCUUUUGUAGCUUAAAAUCUGUUACACAAUUCCAAAAUUCACCUUUUGGAAAGGAGAGAGCAUGGAAACAAUGAAGGUGUGUUUAAUUGUAGUGAAAUAAAAAUAAAGCUUGUACAAAAACUAAA